ACUCUUAAUUUUGUGUUCUUUCUAGAAGUUAUGACAUUGAUCACUGUUCGUUAUCUUCACCUUUCAUCGAGGGACGGGUACGAUUUGGUCACUUCAGAGCUUUCACACACACUUUUCCAUACAGGAUUGUCAGAUUGAGGGAUAUUUCAACCACAAAUUCACCCUGGAUUGUCAAAUUAAAAUAUAUAUGUAAGGAAGCACGCGUAUGCAGUUAUGUGUGGUUUUAAAAGGCGGAGAAAAUUUUGAAUUACAUGUACUGCAGAUUCCUUAUUUUACGCGAGUACUUAAUUUCGCGACCUAGUGGGUUUUGUUUUCAAUCGUGUGUAAAAUCACGAGUUCCAGACUUUUAGAGACUUAUAUGUCGCGUCUUCCAUCAACUUUUUCUAACAGCCAGAACUAAAACCAAAUUGCAUUACGAGAAGCGUUUACUACAUGUACGUCAAAUGAUUUGAUUGCAGUCUUAUUCUACCAUUCACGUCGACAGAUUUUGUUGUUUCAUUAAUUAUACCAUCCUCUUUAUAUCUUCCUCAUAUUUUCCUCCCUAGUCUAUACUCUGCUAUAUUUUUAAACAUCUCCAUGAGUUUACGCUGCUAUGUUUUUAAACAUCUCCGUGCGUCUACUCUGCUAUGCUUUUUUAAACAUCUCCAUGAGUCUAUAAUCUGCUAUGUUUCUUAAACAUUACCGUGAGUCUAUAAUCUGCUAUGUUUUUAAACAUCUCCAUGAGUCUAUACUCUGCUAUGUUUUUUGCUAAGUUUUACUAAAUAAGUACUAAGUCAGAUUGUGUUGAAAUAAGCAUUUAUUACAAAUGCCAAACAAAAUCACAAUAUUCAAAAUAUAAAAUCACACUUGUUGGAAUUCAAGAAACAUUUAUCUUAUCUAGACUAGCAAAUCACACAAUUAUGGACAUGACUUAAACAAUAUAAUAAUGGAGUGCAAAUACCUUCUGGAUCAAUUAUUGCACGACUACCCGGUAUUCUAUUCACAUGUUUUCCGAAAUUUGACUUGUUGAGCUUUUGCGUUUUAUAUCGUAAAUCAACCCCACUUUAUUUGUUCACUGUCGUCUUUGUUUAUUAGAUAUGUAGUAUUUUUUUUACUAGUUUUUACUGUAUAACCAUCUACCGGUAUCUAAACUCUUCUAGUAUUUAUUGGAUCGCCAUUCAAUAGUUUUGUACCGACAAUGUAUUCCGGAAAACGAGGUAUCCGUUUGAAUUAUCACAUGUACAGAUGACAACAAACAUGGCAGCGUCAGCAAAUAUUCCCAGAGUAGGAAAUAUCCGCGCACUAUGUUUGUCUUUAAAAUCUUGAAAUAUUUUGCUGCAGAGAUUUUGAUUCUAUUUCAAUAUGACGCUAACCUAUAGCCAUUAUUGAUAUCGAAAGUAAAAAGAAAAUACAGUAGGAUAUCCUCGGCUGAUACAAUAGCGUGUGUCCUUAUAGAGUGUUAGUGUCCAGAAAUGUAAUGAGAAUCGGCUGCAUACUGUAAACACACUUCUUUCUAAAAUCUUCAUGAUGAAAUAUACUUAUUUGUAUUUUGUAUGAUAAAAACUAAAAUUCGGAAACUAUAUCAUAAUAAAACAGUCAAUAUACCAGAACAUCUCCCCGGUGCUGAUCUCGGGCAUUAUAAUCACAGGCACUUGUUUCUGUAAAUAACUUACGACCUCUGUAUACUAAUAAUAGCAUGUUAACUAAGUGUUAUUAUUAGUAUACAGAGAUCGUAAGUUAUUUACAGAAACAAUUGCCUGUGAUUAUAAUACAUUGAAUUGUUCGCAACUCUCGGGAAAUUGACUGACAACACAUUAAAUAUAUGUAUGAUAUAGUAUGAUUUGCAAUUAAAUGAGCGAGAUAUUUUAUAAUACACUAGAGUUGCUUCUCGUGAUGUUACUCAGAUAUGAAUUCCUCGCUUAUGAAUGUAUUAUAUGCAUUUCCGGUCGCGGUCACCAAUUGGUUAGAGCGAUCACGUCAUAAUCAGUAGUUUCGAUUCUUGAUCUCAGUAGUCACUGUUCCUUUGCCAAGCAUUUGAAGUGAAAUUUACUGAUCUUUCGGAUUUGACCUUAACAACGUCACGGUAGUCGUCAGCACGAUUACAAAAAUCAUGCAGGUCAAAACGUGUGACAUUUCGCUAAAGCUGGUGACGUCUUUUCAUAAGUGAAAACAAAAUCUCGAAUGGGACAUAAACCUAUAAAAUUUAAAUUUAGCAUAUUUCAUCAGUACGGUCAACAUGUUAUGGAUAUACAUUGGUGUCAUGUUGCAACCUGGUGAAAUCAAACACGUUGCUCAAUAUCUGAAAAAAAAGUGAAAAGCAACGUGAAAUCUACGAUAAAUCAUGCGAGACAACAAGUAGUAUCUUCCUGGAUAAACAGUCAACGUAAGAUCUUUAUUUACGUCAAAAUGGAUGUGCAAUGUGAAAGAAUUAACCCAGAAUCGGUUUGAACGCAUCAAACAAAUAUGAACCACGUAGUGUUUAUAGAUAUGUAUAUAUCUAGAAAAGUAGAUUGUGGGAUGAAUGUUAGAGGUAGACAAAGGAAGGAUUAAGACAAUUCACACGUCAAGAGUGGAUUAGAAAGACAACAUCUUGCGUUAAUAUGAUUAUAAAUUAGAGUGCGAGCAUCCCAAUAUCAAGUCAAGAUGCGGACGCUGGCAGGACUACACAUAGCUGUCAGUUGUCUGACCUUCGUGUGCAUCACAUUGUCUGUAUCAGGGAACCAGCUACCCGAGAAGUGCCAGGAAGCGGAGGCUUUGAUCGACAAUCUAUCUGCAACAACUCCACGUGAUGAUGAUGGAUGUGUCAUGCAAUUCAAAACCAACAGAGGAACAUGUUGUUUAAUUGGAAUGAAGCUGAAUCAGAGAGAACAUUUCAAAGGGCAUUAUUUUGUGGAAAGGCAAUGUUUUAAGUUGAAGUGUCUUUACGGGAAGAAGAAGAGAUGGGAGAAAUGUAAAUGUCGGAAAAAUAAGGUAAAGUUACCCCGAAAGAAGAAAAGUAGGAAAUCCAAAACAAAAAAAGCGAAGUCGCGAAAAUCUAAAAAAUCGAAAAAAAAUCCACAUCGUCCUAAACCAUUGAGCAAAGGCGGAUCCGCAACAAGGACACCUCCACCAUCUAGAACAGAGAAGCCCACAACGCGUCCAGUUCAAUUGCCACAAAAGUCGGCGCCGAUAUCUAAAUUUAUUCCGACAAGAAGAGUUAAACCUGCUUCGAAACCACGGAGAAGGCGACCCCGACCUCGGCCUCCUAAGAAACCAGUAACAUUACCUCCUCCACCUCCUUCGAAACCAGUAACAUUACCUACGAAACCUCCUCCACCUCCUACGAAACCAAAAACAAAGCCUCCUCCACCUCCUACGAAACCAGUUACAUUACCUACGAAGCCUACUCCACCUCCUACGAAACCAAAAACAAAGCCUCCUCCACCUCCUACGAAACCAGUAAUAUUACCUACAAAACCCCCUCCACCUCCUACGAAACCAAAAACAAAGCCUCCUCCACCUCCUACGAAACCAGUAACAUUACCUACGAAACCUCCUCCACCUCCUACGAAACCAAAAACAAAACCCCCUCCACCUCCUACGAAACCAGUUACAUUACCUACGAAGCCUCCUCCACCUCCUACGAAACCAAAAACAAAACCCCCUCCACCUCCUACGAAACCAGUAAUAUUACCUACGAAACCUCCUCCACCUCCUACGAAACCCCCUCCACCUCCUACGAAACCAGUAACAUUACCUCCUCCACCUCCCACAAAACCAAAAACAAAGCCUCCACCAGCUCCAUCUUUUAUCGUUACAAAUAAACCUCAUCCUUUUGAAACAGAACCUAUCAUUGGCUGUGUUGUGCCAGGAUCCGGCAACAUUUAUCCACCUGGAGUUGAGAUAGAAGAAUUAAAAACAAGAUCUGGACAUACAUGUGUAUCAGCAUACUGUGGCGAAAAUGGGCUUAUUAAAUAUGAUGAGUAUGACUGCCUCGAUCCAUUAGAUUUAACUACUCAUCCUCCAUUUGGUACAACACCUGCGUUUCGAUUUAUGACUACCCUAGAGACAGACUUCAAUGGAAAGAAAAAGUAG